UUUGAUAACUUUAAAAUCAAUAAUAGCCUUCUAACAGCUAAUUAUUUGCAUUUUUACCUGUUUCAGAUCCAUUUUUCCAUCACAUAAACAUCCCAGCAGCCUAAUACACUUCAUUUGGAGUCUUCCGCAAUAGCUCUUCAGUACGUCCUCUUAACUCUGACAAAGUGUGGGCUUGAAGAUGGAACGUAAGGUCAUUUUCUUUCGAAGAAUGGGUAUAAUAUGGUUGUGGCUCUUCACUGUUGCUCAAGCAGUAUCUAAGGACGGUGAUUUCAUUCUUGGUGGACUUUUCAAUGUUCAUCAAUUUCCCGCAGAGAAUUCAAAAGGGCAGUGUGGUGAGCUUGAUACGAAAGGAUUAGGCCGGGCAAUGGCCAUGAUCUUUGCCAUUGAAACCAUUAACAACAAUUCAAACCUACUUCCAAAUAUAACUCUUGGCUAUGACAUACGAGACUACUGCGAAAAUGCCACAAAAGCAAUAGAAAUGACUUUUGAGCUAAUAAAGGACAGCACUUGCUCGAACAAAACACGCAGGAAAAUGGAAACGAAAAGUCCUUUAAUUGCCUUCAUCGGCCCAUUCGAGUCUCGCACAGCUCUAGCUAUCAAUGGAUUUCUUCAAAUUCUCGAUGUCCCAGCCAUAAGCGGAACAACAACGAGUCCUGAACUGAACUCAAACACAUAUAGUUAUUGGUAUCGAACAGCACCUACAGAUACCUUUCUGGCAAAAGCCAUGGCCGACAUUAUCGAACACUUCAAGUGGACAUACGUGGCGGCUGUUGGACUCGAUGACUCAUAUGGACGAAAUGGAGUGAGGUCCGUAAUCAAAGAAGCCGCAAGAAGGAAUGGUUCCUUCUGUGUUGCUAUGAAAGAAUUCAUACCUCUUGAAGCCCAGUUACCGAGUAUUAGAAACAUCGUCUCAAGCCUACGACGCCAGGAAAACAUCAGGGUCAUCAUAUUGUGGACAUACGGUAGUCAUGAAAGGAACUUUUUCAGUGAGGUAAACAGACAAAACCUGACCGGACGAGUUUGGAUUCUUAGCGAUGUAUCCGUCACUUUAAAGACUUUUGUCUAUUCAGACACUUUCACCAUAAACGAAUCUAUAGGUUUUCAACCACAUCGUUUUACUGACACAGGAUUUACGGAGUAUAUAAUAGAGUUGUUAACUAAGGGAACAAAUAGGCAGAAUGUUCCAGAAUGGUGGAGCGAAGCUAAGGCUCUCACAAGGUCCUGCCCAACUCGUAAAAAGACUGAUACUCACCAAAUUGAAGUAUGUAUACAGGGUGUGGUUCAAGACAUAUUAGGGUCCAAUAUUCCAUAUGUCAUUGAUGCUGUAUAUUCCGUUGCACAUGCCAUACAAAUAGGCUUAGCUCAAGCUAGUACCAGUAUGACUGAUGACCAUUGCCAGCAAGAGCUUAGCAUUGAUCUUCUUGAUAUGAGGCGGCUCCUUUCCAAAAUUAACUUUAUUGGACUAUCUGGAAAUGUAACGUUUGACGAAUUUGGCGACAGGGAAUCUGCGGUCUACGACAUUGUCAAGUUCCAACAAGUGCAAGACACUGACGGUAAGCUUCAACUAAAACAGACCAUCGUCGGAAAAUGGGAAGCGAAUGGGCAAAGCAGCAAAAGGAUGCGUCAUUAUAACAAAAUGCACUGGAAUUCCGCCAACGAUAGCGCUCCGAAAUCUGAAUGUCUGGACCAAUGCCCGGAAGGAACUAGAAAAUCCAUUACUUCGCCUUGCUGUUGGCAGUGUGUCCGAUGUCCUCGUGGCACUGUCAACACCUUUUCUGGUUCCGAAAACUGCAUUGAAUGUCCCCGAGGAAAGCUUUCUAAUUGGGCUAGAACAAAGUGUGUAGACUUGCCUUUGAUCAAUAUUAAGUAUUCUAGUUUUGGAGGGAUAGUAGUCCUUGCAUUUUUAGCUUUGGGCGUGCUGGGCACCAUUUUUUCAUUUGCCGUUUACUGUCGCUUUUGGAACACUCCAAUUGUCAAGGCAUCCAACAGAACACUAAGCCUUGCUCUUCUUGCAAUCAUUUUGAUGAUGCUGUCUCUGACAUUAAUGAAUCUCCUUGAGCCUACAGAUACGAUUUGCAAGAUUAUUUAUCCAUGGCGAUACAUAACUUACAACCUCUGUCUUUCGAUCCUGCUGGUAAAAGUCUUGCGAAUUUCCAGCGCUUUUCAAAUUCCAAUAACGCUAUGCUGCACCAUACCCUCGUUUACCAAUAGAGUGCAAGUAGUGGUAGUAAUAACUCUACAAGUUAUUCUGCUUCUUGUUUUACUACCUUGGUUGCUUCUGGAUCCGCCUGUCAGUACCAAGCAUAUCCUGACAGACCAUUACAUUUUUAUUGAAUGCAAAGCGUACAACUACUUGACUGGAAAAAUCCUGUUUUUGUUAACGUUCUGUUGUGUUUUACUUCAAAUGUUGCUGUGUGCAUUUAGUUCCUUUAAGAUAAGGAACAUUCCUGAAAACUUCGGUGAAGCGAAGCGAAUAGCCUUUUCGAUGUACAUAUUUAUGUUUUCAUUGCUAGCGUAUCAUCCGGUAGAGUUUUCAAUGGAUGGAUGGUAUGUGACAGUUGUGGACUGCGUGACAACUCUUUUGACUUCUUAUGGUUUUCUCUGCUGCAUAUUCUUGCCAAAAUUGUAUAUCAUCAUCGUUAGACCGGAGUUGAAUAAUUCAAGUACAUUAAGUCAACAGGUGACCAAUUACUCAUUUGGUAUCAGCUCUGUCCGCGCGAAUCCUGCUUUAAACAGUUCAACACUGUGAGGAAAAAAUCCCAAUACUAUAUCAGUCAUCCAACAGAAAAGCACUUGUUUGAAAUUAGAGGAGAUUUUAUAGAGUAUAUUUAAUGUAUAUUAUAUUCAGUAAUACUCGGACAAAAGUAGAAAUCAUAACGAGUACAGUGAUGAUAACAAAUAAACAAGUCAUUCCACUUCUGAAAUUGACACUGG